AUGCGACAGUGCUACUCAGUUGAUGAGGUGAACCUGCGAACUCCUGUGCUCAUUUGUUGUACUGACGGUGGACCAGACCACAGGACAACAUACAAAAGUGUUAAACUUUGUGCUCUUAUGGAGUUCAUUGCUCUGGACUUGGACAUGAUAGUGUGUGCACGAACAGCACCUUGUGGGAGUUAUGCUAAUCCAGUAGAAAGAACAAUGAGUCUUCUUAAUUUAGCAUUACAGAAUGUAGCAUUGGAGCGAGCUGCUAUGUCUCCAGAAUGUGAAAUGCAAGUCAAGUCUGCAAGCUCACUUAAGAAGCUGAGAAAUUUGGGAAGUAAAAACCAGAAACUUAAAGAAGAGUAUACACAAGCAGUUGAAGUCUCAUUGAACAUUUUAAAAGAAAGAUUUAAGCGUCUUAGAUGGAAUGGAGAAAAUGUAUGUGUGCAUGAUCAAGCUAGUCAAGAAGAAAUGUAUGCUUUGGUGGAGAUGUUGAAAGUGCUGGAUGAGAAUAUUCACUGUGAUGCAAAUUUGUCAACCCUACAAUCUAAAGCAAUUGAUGCUUUCCUGGAAUCACAUUCCAGAAGCCGUCAGUACUCUUUUCAGAUCAAGAAGUGUAUGGCAGACAACUGUGGGAAUUGUGUUCUCAAUCCUCCUAGGCUUCCAGAUGAUGUCUUUUGUGGACUUCAUUUUGUGCCAGAUCCUACACAGGAUGAGAAUGGGCAGUACAAAGAUUUUCAAGACCUCUAUGGAACGGAAACUAAUGAUAUGAAUAGACCAAGUAUGACAGGGAAACAUGGAGAAUCACCAGAAAGAGACAAGAGGUUUAGAGCUUUUUGGUUGGAAGUAACAAAAGUGAGAGGAUUUGUGUUAUGUACAGAGUGUGGAAAGAGAAGAGUUAUCUAUGCAAGCAGAAAAUUGAAUAGAACAGAGGAGAGGGCAGUUGAACGAGUCCAAGAAGAACUACUCUACAUUUGUGGAAAUCCUUUGUUUCCAGGGGGUCAGUAUCAGGACAUCAUACUAUGCAGACAAAAUAUCUCCUGCUCUUCACCCAUAGAGACACAGUAUUACUCAGGGAAGACACAAAUAUUUGAUGCUGUCUGUUUCCACUGUGGUGACGUAACCAACUGCGAUGAAGUCCGCAGGCUGCAGGAGGACUUUGCCAUAAAAUCUUUCAGAGUGACAGGUGUUACGAGUGGUCGUCACAUUUCCCGUGUAUCGUUUGACCGGGUCUGUAUCACUGAUGGUUAUAACAAUCUCAUCUUGGUAACCACAGCAGGUGUUAAACUACAUCAUCAAACAGAUAUAAGUAACAAUUAUGGAGUACACACAGCGAAUAGUGGUGGUGAUUUAAUUUAUAUAGACAGUGAGUAUAACAUCAACAAAUUGUCUACAGAUAACGAAGUAAAUACACCAUUUAUAAAGUAUACAGCACCAUGGAUACCAGAGUGUGUCUACAGCUCCCCCUCCACUGGAGACCUGCUGGUCGGAAUGAUUAAUACUGAUACAGGUACAGCCAAGUUAGUGCGGUAUAACUCCACAGGAGAAAACAUACAGACCAUACAGUACUACCACAAUACAGGUCAGGAACUGUAUAAACAACCUCUCUACAUCACAGAGAACCACAAUGGAGAUGUUAUUGUGUCUGACUGGACCCGUUAUGCUGUAGUGGUGACGGAGCAUGGGGGAAGAUUUCGCUUCUCCUACACAGGACCUCCAUCUGGAUCACGGCUAUAUCCACGUGGAAUCUGUACUGAUGCGCUGUCACACAUCCUGGUGUGUGAUUGGAACACCCACUCAGUGCAUAUGACUGACAAGGAUGGAGAAUUCCUGUCACAGAUAGAGACACGAUAUCACGGGAUAGACAUACCAUGUGGCCUUAGUUAUGAUGACAACACUAACCUUCUCUGGAUUGGGUCAGGGAUCAAAAGCAUAGUGAACAUUUACAAACUUAUUAAUGAAGGGGAUGAUCUGACUGGUGCAAGCAAUGAUGAUUUAGAUAAGGUUAAUAUGGAUGAGCUAAAGAAGUUUUUGAGGAAGGAGAAGACGAACAUUUUCCAUGCCAGAGGAAUACUUGUUGGAUGUGCUGAGGCUGGAAAAACAACACUGUUGGAGAGAUUAAAAGGGCGACAUCAGAAUAUCAGUGAAGUUACAAAGUCAACCAGGGGUCUGGAAGUCCAUCAACAUCUCUUCGUUGUUAAAGACAGAAUUCUGGAAGUGGCUAAUGGGGACUCGCCGUUGAAGACAUUUAUUCGGAUACAUUCUGCAGAUUUGAAGCCAGAUCCAAGAAGUGCUAUGGACAGCUCUGACUUAAUUAAAAAUACAGACAAUUUGGAACAGAAGAAUAUCAGUAAAGAUACUGAAGUAAUUCAUAGCCUGGAAGAAAAGGAAGAAGAUAAUGUAGAGUUGUCUAGCCCACCAACUAAACGCAAAAAAGAAGAGAAUACAGUAGAAACAAUGGCCAGUGUUCUCUCUUCAGAAAAACAAGCAAUGGUGAAAGAUGAAAUUUUUCAGAAAAUCUUAUCUGAAAAAGAGAAGUUACCAACAGUAAGCAUGCUGGAUUUUGCUGGGCAGUUAGCAUAUUAUGCUUGCCAUCAAAUUUACGUAACACCAAAGGCCUUCUUCAUCCUUGUGUUGGACAUGACUAAGAAGUUUGAAGAUGUUGUCAGUAAAGAGAAAGAUAAUCAAGAAGGAUCAAUCUUCUCUGUGUGGACGUAUAAAGACUACCUGAAGUUUUGGAUUACAUCAAUCAAGACAUUUGGAGGCAAAAAGGCACCGCUGUUUCUUGUUGCCACACACACAGAAACAAAAUCUACAGAUGAAAUAGAGAAGUAUUUUGAGGAGUUCUGGAAUGCUGUACCUGAUGAGGACAGAGAUUGGUUAAGUAAGUCUCUGAAUGAUCGGGAAUAUGCAGUAGGUCUAGUGGAACUAAAUUACAAAACAAAAGAAAUGCUGGAAUCGAUGAAAAAGUCCAUAGUGGAACUAUUCACAGAUGAGGCCAAUACUAAAAUUGAAUUGCCUUCUUCUUGGGCUUUAAUGGAACAGUUAUUGUAUAAAGGAGCCUGGAAGGUUUUGUCCCUGGGUGAAAUUUGGAAGCUCAACUCAUCUCUUCCUAAUGAAUACCGAUUUAAAGGUGAUGAAGAAAUGUCUAAGUUUUUAAAGUGUUUCCAUGAUAAUGGACUUCUCUUGUAUUUUAAAGAAGGGAAAUUGGGGGAACAUGUUAUACUAGACAUACAGUGGUUUGCUAAUGCUUUCAGCAAGAUAAUUGCUGAUGUAAACCAUAUCAAUAAAGACUGCAAAAGGAGAUUGAUUAAAGAAUGGAAAUCUUUCAACAAAACGGGGGAACUUAAGGUCGAAGUGGUGGACUCGCUGUGGAAAGAUGAACAAUCAUACUUAAAACACAAAAGUGGAAUUAUGUCUUACAUGGAAAAACUUCAAAUGCUUGUAUCUUUGGAGAUUGGAUCAGAAGGUUGCAUUUCAUGGUAUGUCCCAUGUAUGAAUAAAAAACAGUUUAAAGCUGACUUUUGCGAGGAAAAGUGGGAAUGUUCAUCCAUUUUGUGCUAUCGAUUCACUUCUUUUGCUAUGUUUAUUUUCUACAGACUGGUAUCGUAUUGCAUAAGUAUUCUUAGAUGGAGUGUUUCAAUAGACGAAGAUAAUGAAGGAAAUCUGUGUCUUUAUCAAACAGCAGCUGCGUUUGAUCACAAAGAACACACUGUUAUUGUUGGUAUAUGUAAUGAUGAUAUUCAGUUGCAAGUGUUACGACUCAGACGGUUAGCUGUAGAUAAAGAGGUUUCAAAUGAGAUUGGAGACUCCAUCGAACAUGCCAUAGAAAAAUUGACAGAAACAUCUCAUAACUCAAAAAUAUUUCACAGAGGAUUCAAAUGUCAAAACAUUAUUUGUAAUGAGAAAGAUCUAUCUUUCACCCUUGCAAGUGAGCUCGCCAAAAUCAAAACUGAAGAAACGCAGUGCAAGUGUCAACUUCGGGAGAAACAUGUGAUAAAUGUACAAAGGACUUUGGGUUUCUGGGAAAAGAGAAAGGCAAACAUUUCUAGCACUGGACAAAAACUUAUGGACCGAUCUAGAUUUGCAAAACUCGGAAUGGCAACAAACGAUGUGUUAAAUCAGGCAUACAGAGACGUGCUUGAGUGGGAAAUGCACCCUUCCCUUCUUUAUAACAAAGUGAGGACAUCAUCAAUUUAUCCAACAUUACGCCCAGAUCAAGAAGAUCUUUUGAAGAAGGCAAAUAAUGAUGGAUAUAAGAAUUUUGAUAUUUCAUUAAUCUACAUGUUGAUCAGAAACGUUUGUUCAAAGAUCCCUAAACCUACAAAAGGAAAAUGGGGAGGGAACAGUAUGCCUGCAGCAGGAGAGAUAAGGGUGGGUGAUGAUGUCGAGAGAAUAAGGUUGAUUCGAAACAAUUUGACUGCUCAUGUAAGCUCAGCAUCCACCCCUCACACAGAAUUCGAAGACACCUGGUUAACGAUGUCAGAUAUCUGCAGAAGACUUGAAACCUUCACUGGAAAGAAGUGCUUGGAUAAACUUAAUUACAUUCAAAAACUGACAUUAAAAGAGGAAGAUGAAGAUGCUAUCAUAGAAAAGGUUAAGUUGGAUAGUCAGUAUGAAAUGGUGAAGACAGUGGUGUCAGAUGUGCAAGAAGUUAAAGCAGCAGUAUUGAGGCUUGAAAGCAAGCAUGCUACAAAUUAAGUGUAUUACUCACAGACCAUUCAUAACAGCACUUGAAUAUACACCAUUAUAAAUAUUGAAAAACAAUAUUGAACUCAAAUUCAAUUCACAAUGAUUUUAUUUGUAGAGUAUGAUAUUGUUAAUAUAUAGAACAUUAUGUAGUUGCAUACCUUGGGAGCCACUGUUUAGAAUAAGUUUUCAUUAUUUUUUAUGAUUUGAGAAUUACAUCUGU